GUCUGGUCUAGUAAAUCUAGUAAUCUGUGAAAGACGCACCCGGUCAAGGAAAAUUUUCCAGUUGUUUGUUGCUGCAAAGGAUUAAAAAAUUAUAAAAAUUUACGCCUGCUAAAAGUACCCUGACUGAUAUUCAUGAAUGCAAUGUUUAUCCUUCAUGAAGCUGAUAUCAUAAUUAAAGAAAAGUAUGGGUCAAGUGCUUGUGAAAGAUUGUAUGUGAAACCACAAGGACAAUCUUCUAUAGUAGUAUUAGAUCGAAACAAAAUACGUGACGUGGCGAGUUGGUUUAUACAAAUCUUUCUUCCACAAGGCUAUCCCCAUAGUGUUAGUAAAGAUUACUUAUCAUAUCAAAUUUGGGAUACUGCACAAGCAUUUUGCAGCACCAUAACUGGUACCUUGGCCACACAAGAAGUUUUGAGAGGUGUUGGAGUUGGAGACACAAGUGCUACGCCUCUAGCAGCAACAGUUACAUGGGUCAUAAAAGAUGGCUGUGGUCAUAUAGGAAGAAUUUUAUUCGCAUUUACUCAUGGAACAUAUUUAGAUGCAUACAGUAAAAAAUGGAGAUUGUAUGCAGAUACACUUAAUGAUGCAGCAAUGUGUAUAGAAAUAGCUUUGCCUUUAUUCAAAAAUUACACAUCUUUUGCCCUGUGCGUAAGCACAGUUAUGAAAGCAAUAGUUGGAGUUGCAGGUGGUGCUACACGAGCAGCCAUGACUCAACACCACGCAAUCCGAGGUAACAUGGCAGAUGUAGCAGCUAAGGAUUCUGCUCAAGAAACUGCAGUCAACUUAAUCGCGUCAUUUACCGCGCUUUUUAUAAUAUAUGUUUUUGGAAAUACCCUUGCAAUUUUUCUUCUUAUGAUAAUUUUACACAUAAUUUUCAAUUAUUUUGCUGUGCGCGCUGUAUGUUUACGGACACUCAAUGAACCCAGGUUUUUACAAGCUAUUGAUAUAUAUUUGAAACAGGAGGUAAUUGCGUCGCCAUGUGAAAUCAAUCGAAAAGAACCAAUUAUAUUUUAUCAAUUGGGACCAAAUUUAUUGGAUUUAAAACUAUGUGGAUUUCAAAUUAAAUUAGGUAGCUCGUUGAAAGAGUUGGUCAAUGAGAAUUCUAAAGUUUCACUAUAUCAGAAUAUGAAACAAGUCUAUGUUGAAAGAAAUUAUGCUAUAAUGCCAAGAGUAAACAAGAGAAAAAUGUAUGUGCUGAUCAAAGAACACGCUACUACAGAUGACAUUUUAUGUUCAUACUUUCACUCUGUUCUACUGUCCAUCAUUGUUUCUGCUAUUAACGACUAUCAGCUGCCGUCAUCAAAGACUGAUGGACAACCCCGUCCUUUCGCCCAAGUUUGUCAGACGUUACAGUCAGCCGAGUGGAGCCGCGUACUAAACGAGGAUCAUAAUGCACCUAGAGAAUUUAUGUAUGAGCCCACUCAAGAACUGAUCAGAUAUGUUGACCAGAUAGCACAGAGAGAAUGGCAGCGAGUACGCGGCGGUCUGCUCGCUACAGGAUGGGAUCUUAGCAAACAUCUAUUGAUGGUUGAUGAAUGGCGUAUCACGUGCAAAACUAAAGAAUCUGAGUCAGCGCCAAAAGAUAAUAACAGUUCGAUAAUGAAUGUUGCUAAAGUAAUGUCAUUUGGUGAUGUAAUGAGAACGAAGUCGAGUAAAGAUAUUUGUGACGAUCAUUUUACAAGAGAAUCAAAAGAAUCAGAAAAAACUCCAGAAGAGUGUUUAAAACCGGAAGAUCCAGUAAAACACAAAAAGAUAGACUGAUAAUAAUAACUUUUGAUAAGUACAAUACAGACAUAGAUACUUAAUAAAUUACUACUUUUAAGAGUAGGUACUUUAUAAUAAAACACUAGUGUCGAUUGGCACGAUUAAUCUAAACUUAAAUUUGACAACAGUGAUUCCAUGUCAUUCUCUAUACAGAAUGAAAAAGAGAGACUGAUGUUAAAUUUAGUUUUAAGUUUAGAGAAUCACGCCAGGAUCGACACCAGUAGUUGAAUAUUAAUAGUAAUUUGUGUGACUGUAUUAGAGCAAAAAGUUUAAAGAAACAAAUAUUGAUUUGGUGCAUAAUACCUAUGUAGUAGGUAGGUAUUAUAGUGUUUUAAAUACGUGUUCAUAGUUAUUAAGUAUUUUAACUAUACAAAAAUCAUUCCAUGCAUGUAUGUAUAUCGUUAAGUAGGGAUGUUAUAUUAAAAAAAUAUACUUAGGUACUAAUAUUAUGUACUUAUUUCAACCAGAUUUUCCCUCAAGAGGUUUUUUAUGGCAUUCCCAGAGGUGUACGUCAGUCCAGCAGCUAGCUCCAUCACCAGUAAAUCUUACCAGCAUAUUCUCAAUAUUAAUUCUAUUCCAGGAUAGCUUGGAUAUCUCUAAGUCCUCCACCUCAAUAUCUUUAAGUGCUACAACUUUGUGAUUUAGGAUUAUUUUCAUAUAUAUACGUGUUGUAGAAAAUAAACGUAUAGGCUUGCGCAGACGAGAGAUGUUCGCCGAAACGGAUCGUUUACAAUAAAAAUGCUUCAAGUAACGCACGAGGGGAUGAAAGCACCGCGAACAAAAUCGAGGACGCCGAGCAUGGAACUGCAUAAAAAAAAUUGAGUGACUAUGCGCGCGUCGCUGCGCAAAAACACAAGUCACAACAAACAUUAGUCUGCGUUGCGCGCUCGAUCCGAAAUAAAUCCAUCUCACAAAAAGUUUGGUUUUCUUAAACUUCCUGUUAAUUACAACACAACUCGAAUAUUUGCUUUCAUAGUGUACGCUAAUACGCUUCUUUAAAUAUCCGGCAAAAAAAAUGAUCGCACACCGUGUACUUCGAGCCGGUGAAAAGUUCCCGGUGGAUAUUUUUUCACGAUUUAUAGUUUUUUUGUGCUCUACGGACAAAAGUCCCCUCGUCUGCGCAAGCCUAUGGCUAUAAAGCCAUUAUAUAUAAUACUAGCUAACCCAGCGAACUUCGUACCGCCCUAAAAAAAUAGGGGUUGUCCAGCGGACAAAAUUGUGAAUCUAAACCAUUCUCAGAUCCCCUUGAACACACACAAAAAAUUUCAUCAAAAUCGGUCCUGUCGUUUAAGAGAAGUUCAGUGACAUACACACUCACAGAAGAAUUAUAUAUAUAAAGAUAUUUCUCAUUUCCAAACUAAU